UUCCGUUCCGUCCGUCCGCGUCUCGCCGCCUCCCGCCCGCUCGCUGCCGCCUGCAGGCGCUGCCGGUGCCUGGACAGCGAGUCUGCUCUGUUUGGAGACCGCUCGCGCCUUCCCUUCUCUCUUGUUUGUCCCAGGCUGCCCGCUCUGGGGGGCAUGAGUACGAGUUCUCUUGCUGAUUGCCAGAAAUUUCUUUUCUGCCGUGUGGGCAGCAGACAGAUCCCCACCCCACCCAACUGUCUCCCAUCUCAUUUAUUUAUUUUGCUUUCCGUUUCUCUCCCUCACCUCCGCUGCUUUCCUCCCCCUUCUUUCUGUGGAUUGCCCCCCCUCCCCCCGCUCCAUCUCACCAUCCCCCACCUGUGGCCCCCUUCCCCCGCCUUUUGCUCUUUUAAGAACGAUUCAGUGAUGUCUCGGGGAUACUAGCAUACUCUCCUCCUUCAGCUGAGAGCGGGACUCUGCAUUCAUUCAAGAGCAAUGUUCUGUGAUGGUGCCCGAGAUGCGUGGACUGAGCCCAGGCCGAAGGCUGCCCGAGUCCGCCCUGUGCCCGGCCGCGGGCGGGAGCCCUGAGCCCGGGGCCGCCGGCCGCCGGCGCCACAUCCUGGCCCUGCCCGAGGACGAGGCAUGGCGACCCCAGCAGUGCGCCCUGCUCGAGGCCGACGCCUCGGACGAGGUGGGCAUGCUGCCGGCCUCCCCGCGCGGCACCGUCGCCGGCUUCGACAACUUCUUCCCGGUGCAGGAGGGCGAGGGCCCGGGCUGGGAAGGCGGAUCGAGCCCCUUCCUCCCGGUGAGCCCCGAGGUCAUGAAGCGGCGGCGCGGCGGCCUCAUCGAGCAGCGGGACGUGAUCAAGGCGCACGAGGCGCACAAGAUGCACAGCACCCCGCAGGCCCGGCGCAAGGAGUGGGAGAUGGCUCGCUUCGGGGAGGCGGUGGUCGGCAGGCCGGGGUCGGGAGAUGGAGACUCGGACCAGAGCAGGAACCGGCAAGGAACCCCGGUGCCGGCCUCGGGGCCGGCGGCCGCCUACAAGCAGUCGAAAGCGCAGAGGGCGCGGACUAUGGCUUUGUACAACCCCAUUCCCGUCCGGCAGAACUGUUUCACCGUCAACAGAUCCCUGUUCAUCUUCGGAGAAGAUAACAUUGUCAGGAAAUACGCCAAGAAGCUCAUCGAUUGGCCGCCAUUUGAGUAUAUGAUCUUGGCCACCAUCAUUGCCAACUGCAUCGUCUUGGCCCUGGAGCAGCAUCUUCCCGAGGAUGACAAGACCCCGAUGUCCCGAAGACUGGAAAAGACAGAGCCGUAUUUCAUUGGGAUCUUCUGCUUUGAAGCUGGCAUCAAAAUCGUGGCUCUGGGGUUCAUCUUCCAUAAGGGUUCAUACCUCCGCAAUGGCUGGAAUGUCAUGGACUUCAUCGUGGUCCUCAGCGGCAUCCUGGCCACUGCGGGAACCCACUUCAACACCCACGUGGACCUGAGGACCCUCCGGGCAGUGCGUGUGCUAAGGCCCUUGAAGCUCGUGUCAGGGAUUCCUAGCCUGCAGAUCGUGUUGAAGUCCAUCAUGAAGGCCAUGGUGCCUCUUCUGCAGAUUGGCCUUCUGCUCUUCUUUGCCAUCCUGAUGUUUGCCAUCAUUGGCUUGGAAUUCUACAGCGGGAAAUUACACAGAGCAUGCUUCAUGAAUAAUUCAGGUAUUCUAGAAGGAUUUGAUCCUCCGCACCCAUGUGGUGUGCAAGGCUGCCCAGCUGGUUAUGAAUGCAAGGACUGGAUCGGCCCCAAUGAUGGGAUCACCCAGUUUGAUAACAUCCUUUUUGCUGUGUUGACUGUCUUCCAGUGCAUCACCAUGGAAGGGUGGACCACCGUGCUGUACAAUACCAAUGAUGCCUUAGGAGCCACCUGGAACUGGCUGUACUUCAUCCCCCUGAUCAUCAUUGGAUCCUUCUUUGUUUUGAACCUUGUCCUCGGAGUGCUUUCUGGGGAAUUUGCCAAAGAGAGAGAGCGAGUGGAGAACAGGAGGGCAUUCAUGAAACUGCGACGCCAGCAGCAGAUUGAGCGCGAGCUGAACGGCUACCGGGCCUGGAUUGACAAAGCUGAGGAAGUCAUGCUUGCUGAAGAAAAUAAAAAUUCUGGGACCUCAGCCUUAGAAGUGCUUCGAAGGGCCACCAUCAAAAGGAGCCGGACGGAGGCCAUGACCCGAGACUCCAGCGAUGAGCACUGCGUUGAUAUCUCCUCUGUGGGCACACCUCUUGCCCGAGCCAGUAUCAAGAGCACAAAGGUAGAUGGAGCUUCCUAUUUCCGGCACAAAGAAAGGCUUCUACGCAUCUCUAUUCGCCACAUGGUUAAAUCCCAGGUGUUUUACUGGAUCGUCCUGAGCCUCGUGGCUCUUAACACCGCCUGUGUAGCCAUCGUGCAUCACAACCAGCCCCAGUGGCUCACUCACCUCCUCUACUAUGCAGAAUUUUUGUUUCUGGGACUCUUCCUUUUGGAGAUGUCCCUGAAGAUGUAUGGCAUGGGACCUCGCCUUUAUUUUCACUCUUCAUUCAACUGCUUUGAUUUUGGGGUCACAGUGGGCAGCAUCUUUGAAGUAGUCUGGGCAAUCUUCAGACCUGGUACAUCCUUUGGAAUCAGUGUUUUGCGAGCUCUCCGACUUCUAAGAAUAUUUAAAAUAACCAAGUACUGGGCGUCACUUCGGAAUUUGGUGGUCUCCUUGAUGAGCUCCAUGAAGUCCAUCAUCAGUUUGCUCUUCCUCCUCUUCCUCUUCAUCGUUGUUUUCGCUCUACUAGGCAUGCAGCUGUUUGGAGGCAGGUUUAACUUUAAUGAUGGGACUCCUUCAGCAAAUUUUGAUACCUUCCCUGCAGCUAUCAUGACUGUGUUCCAGAUCCUGACAGGGGAGGACUGGAAUGAGGUGAUGUACAAUGGGAUCCGUUCUCAGGGUGGAGUCAGCUCAGGCAUGUGGUCAGCCAUCUACUUCAUUGUACUUACCUUGUUUGGAAACUAUACACUGCUGAAUGUCUUCUUGGCCAUUGCUGUGGACAAUCUAGCCAAUGCUCAGGAACUGACCAAGGAUGAGCAGGAGGAAGAGGAAGCCUUCAAUCAGAAACAUGCACUGCAGAAGGCUAAGGAGGUCAGCCCGAUGUCUGCACCCAACAUGCCUUCUAUCGAAAGAGACAGAAGGAGAAGACACCACAUGUCGAUGUGGGAGCCACGCAGCAGCCACCUGAGGGAGCGGCGGCGCCGGCACCACAUGUCAGUGUGGGAGCAGCGCACCAGCCAGCUGAGAAGGCACAUGCAGAUGUCCAGCCAAGAAGCCCUCAACAAAGAGGAGGCCCCGCCGAUGAACCCCCUCAACCCGCUCAACCCACUGAGUCCCCUCAACCCACUCAAUGCGCAUCCCAGCCUCUACCGGAGAUCCAGGCCCAUUGAAGGCCUAGCUCUAGGCUUGGGCCUGGAAAAGUGUGAGGAGGAGCGCAUCAGCCGGGGGUCAUCCCUCAAAGGGGAGAGAGGGGACCUGACCAGUGCGCUGGACAACCAGAGGAGCCCCUUGUCCUUAGGCAAACGGGAGCCACCGUGGCUGGCCAGGCCUUGUCAUGGGAACUGUGACCCCACCCAGCAGGAGACUGGGGGAGGAGAGACUGUGGUGACCUUUGAGGACCGGGCCAGGCACAGGCAGAGCCAGAGGCGCAGCCGGCACCGUCGUGUCAGGACCGAAGGCAAGGAGUCUGCAUCGGCCUCCCGGAGCAGGUCUGCCAGCCAGGAGCGGAGUCUGGAUGAAGCGGGGUGUCCUGAGGGGGAGAAGGACCAUGAGUUCCGGGGCAGCCAUGGAAGCAAGGAGCCAACAAUCCACGAAGAGGAACGAUCCCAGGACUUAAGGAGGACCAACAGUCUGAUGGUGCCCAGAGGCUCCGGGCUGGCAGGAGCCCUGGAUGAGCCAGACACACCCCUGGUCCUACCCCAGCCUGAGCUGGAAGUGGGGAAGGAUACAGUGCUGGUGGAGCGGGAGCCAGAGGGCAGCAGUGAGCAAGCCCUCCUGGGGGACGUGCAACUGGAUGUGGGCCGCGGCAUCAGUCAGAGUGAGCCAGACCUGUCCUGCAUCACAGCCAACACAGACAAGGCCACCACUGAGAGCACCAGCGUCACCGUCACCAUCCCCGAAGUGGGCCCAUUGGUGGAUUCAACAGUGGUGCACAUUAGCAACAAGACUGAUGGAGAAGCGAGUCCUUUGAAGGAGGCAGAGAUCAAAGAGGAGGACGAUGAAGUAGAGAAGAAGAAGCAGAAAAAGGAGAAGCGAGAGACAGGCAAAGCCAUGGUGCCCCACAGCUCCAUGUUCAUCUUCAGCACCACCAACCCGAUCCGGAGGGCCUGCCACUACAUUGUAAACCUGCGCUACUUUGAGAUGUGUAUCCUCCUGGUGAUCGCAGCCAGCAGCAUUGCCCUGGCAGCAGAGGACCCAGUCCUGACCAACUCGGAGCGCAACAAAGUCCUGAGGUAUUUUGACUAUGUUUUCACAGGCGUGUUCACCUUUGAGAUGGUUAUAAAGAUGAUAGACCAAGGCUUGAUCCUGCAGGAUGGCUCCUACUUCCGAGACCUCUGGAACAUCUUGGACUUUGUGGUGGUGGUUGGUGCAUUGGUGGCCUUCGCUCUAGCGAAUGCUUUGGGAACCAACAAGGGACGCGACAUCAAGACCAUCAAAUCUCUCCGGGUACUCCGAGUUCUGAGGCCCCUAAAAACUAUCAAGCGCUUGCCUAAGCUCAAGGCUGUGUUCGACUGUGUGGUGACCUCCCUGAAGAAUGUCUUCAACAUACUCAUUGUCUACAAGCUCUUCAUGUUCAUCUUUGCUGUCAUCGCAGUUCAGCUCUUCAAGGGAAAGUUCUUUUAUUGCACAGACAGCUCCAAGGACACAGAGAAGGAGUGCAUAGGCAACUAUGUAGACCAUGAGAAGAACAAGAUGGAAGUGAAGGGCCGGGAAUGGAAGCGCCAUGAAUUCCACUAUGACAACAUCAUCUGGGCCCUGCUGACCCUCUUCACAGUCUCCACGGGGGAAGGAUGGCCUCAGGUUCUGCAGCAUUCUGUGGAUGUGACAGAGGAGGACCGAGGGCCAAGCCGCAGCAACCGCAUGGAAAUGUCCAUCUUUUACGUAGUUUACUUUGUGGUCUUUCCUUUCUUUUUUGUCAAUAUCUUCGUGGCUCUCAUCAUCAUCACCUUCCAGGAGCAAGGAGACAAGAUGAUGGAAGAGUGCAGCCUGGAGAAGAAUGAGCGGGCUUGUAUCGACUUUGCCAUCAGCGCCAAACCGCUCACCCGCUAUAUGCCACAGAACAGGCACACCUUCCAGUACCGUGUGUGGCACUUCGUGGUGUCUCCGUCCUUUGAGUACACCAUCAUGGCCAUGAUUGCCUUGAACACUGUGGUGCUGAUGAUGAAGUAUUACUCUGCUCCCUGUACCUAUGAGCUGGCCCUAAAGUACCUGAAUAUUGCCUUCACUAUGGUGUUUUCCCUGGAAUGUGUCCUGAAGAUCAUCGCUUUUGGCUUCUUGAACUAUUUCCGAGAUACCUGGAAUAUUUUUGACUUCAUCACUGUGAUUGGCAGUAUCACAGAAAUUAUCCUGACAGACAGCAAGCUGGUGAACACUAGUGGUUUCAAUAUGAGCUUUCUGAAGCUCUUCCGAGCUGCCCGUCUCAUAAAGCUUCUGCGUCAGGGCUAUACCAUACGUAUUUUGCUUUGGACCUUUGUGCAGUCCUUCAAGGCCCUUCCCUAUGUCUGCCUCUUGAUUGCCAUGCUUUUUUUCAUUUAUGCCAUCAUUGGGAUGCAGGUAUUCGGAAACAUCAAAUUGGAUGAGGAGAGUCACAUCAACCGGCACAACAAUUUCCGGAGUUUCUUUGGGUCCCUCAUGUUACUCUUCAGGAGUGCCACAGGUGAGGCCUGGCAGGAGAUUAUGCUGUCAUGCCUUGGAGAGAAAGGCUGCGAGCCUGACACCACUGCACCAUCUGGGCAGACUGAGAAUGAGCGCUGUGGCACUGACCUGGCCUACGUGUACUUUGUUUCCUUCAUCUUCUUCUGCUCCUUCUUGAUGCUCAACCUGUUUGUGGCUGUCAUCAUGGACAACUUUGAGUACCUGACUCGGGAUUCCUCCAUCUUGGGGCCUCACCACUUGGACGAGUUUGUCCGUGUCUGGGCAGAAUAUGACAGAGCAGCAUGCGGCAGGAUCCCGUAUAAGGAUAUGUACAAAUUAGUGCGGGUGAUCUCGCCUCCUCUGGGCCUGGGAGAGAACUGCCCCUACAGGGUGGCUUGCAAGAGGUUGGUCCUGAUGAACAUGCCAGUAGCUGAGGAUAUGACCGUCCACUUCACCUCCACUCUUAUGGCUCUGAUCCGGACAGCUCUGGACAUUAAAAUUGCCAAAGGUGGUGCAGACAGACAGCAGCUAGACUCGGAACUACAAAAGGAAACCCUAGCCAUCUGGCCUCACCUGUCCCAGAAGAUGCUGGAUCUGCUUGUGCCCAUGCCCAAAGCCUCCGACCUGACUGUGGGCAAAAUCUAUGCAGCAAUGAUGAUCAUGGACUACUACAAACAGAGUAAAGUAAAGAAGCAGAGACAGCAGCUGGAAGAACAGAAAAAUGCACCCAUGUUCCAGCGUAUGGAGCCUUCAUCUCUGCCUCAGGAGAUCAUUGCUAAUGCCAAAGCUCUUCCUUAUCUGCAGCAGGACCCUGUUUCAGGCCUGAGCGGCCGGAGUGGAUACCCUUCCAUGAGUCCACUCUCCCCUCAGGAAAUAUUCCAGUUGGCUUGUAUGGACCCAGCUGAUGAUGGACAAUUCCAGGAACAGCAAUCUCUGGAGCCAGAGGUUAGUGAAUUAAAAAGCGUGCAGUCCUCUAACCAUGGCAUCUACCUUCCUUCGGAUACCCAGGAGCAUGCGGGAUCUGGGAGGGCAUCCUCUAUGCCACGUCUGACUAUGGAUCCCCAGGUGGUGACAGAUCCUAGCUCCAUGAGACGUUCAUUUUCUACCAUUCGGGAUAAACGUUCAAAUUCCUCGUGGCUGGAGGAAUUCUCCAUGGAGCGAAGCAGUGAAAAUACCUACAAGUCUCGACGCCGUAGUUACCACUCCUCUCUGCGGCUGUCAGCCCACCGCCUGAACUCGGACUCAGGCCACAAGUCUGACACCCAUCGCUCAGGGGGCAGGGAGCGAGGACGAUCCAAAGAGCGAAAGCAUCUUCUCUCUCCUGAUGUCUCCCGUUGCAAUUCUGAGGAGCGAGGGACUCAGGCUGAUUGGGACUCCCCAGAGCGCCAUCAGUCCAGGUCACCCAGUGAAGGCAGAUCACAGACACCCAACAGACAGGGAGCAGGUUCCCUGAGUGAAAGCUCCAUCCCCUCCGUUUCUGACACCAGCACCCCAAGAAGAAGUCGGCGGCAGCUCCCACCUGUCCCACCAAAGCCUCGGCCCCUCCUUUCCUACAGUUCCCUGAUGCGACAUGCUGGCAGCAUCUCUCCACCAGCUGAUGGAAGUGAGGGUGGAUCCCCUCUGACCUCCCAAGCACUAGAGAGCAACAAUGCUUGCCUGACCGAGUCUUCCAAUUCCCCUCACCCGCAUCAGGGCCAGCACUCUUCCCCACAGCGCUACAUUUCCGAGCCCUACCUGGCCUUGCAUGAAGACUCCCACGCCUCGGACUGUGGUGAGGAGGAGACACUCACCUUCGAAGCGGCUGUAGCAACAAGCCUGGGCCGGUCCAACACCAUCGGCUCAGCCCCACCCCUGCGGCACAGCUGGCAGAUGCCCAAUGGGCACUAUCGGCGACGGAGGCGUGGGGGGCCUGGGCCCGGCAUGAUGUGUGGAGCUGUCAGCGACCUUCUGAGUGACACAGAAGAAGACGACAAGUGCUAGAGGCUGCUCCCCCCUCCGAUGCAUGCUCUUCUCUCAGUGGGAGAAAACCAAGACCGAAUUGGGAAGCCAGUGCGGCCCGGGGAGGGAGGAAGAGGGAGGAGGAGGAUAGAAAAACUCCGUGCAUUAUCAGAGAAGAGGAAGCCAAGGACAAAUGGAAAACCAGUCACACCCACCAAACUGCUUUAUUUCCCUUUGCAAGACAGGCACUGCCAUAGUUCUGCCUCUUUGCUGGGGAAAGAAAACACAGAAAUCUGGAGGGUUAUUCCCAUGGGAGAAGGGACACGAGGGUGGCUUGCCUUCCCUUACCCCUUGCCACUUUUCUAUAACCUGUGGAGGGAUCUGGCUGGCCUGUGUCUGUACUCAUUGCCUUGAGCAGCCUGGAGGAUGUUCUGGCUUUUACCUGGGGAACAGUGGAGACUGACUAUUGGAGAGCAAUCUCCUCCCCACCGGCUCUCUCCCAAGCUCAGCCGGCACACUGCCAUCAGGGCGAACGCAGUAGCAUCUCAUGUGUUAUCCUGUGGCUUGCUGCCCCCAGAGAAGCACAAGCAAAGUCAGGAGUGUUGGGCACCAAGGGUGGGAGGCAGGGAGGCAAGAAAGGGCUGAAGCAGAAGGAGUCAAGAUGCUGUGGCCGCAGCAGCAAGGGCUGGUCUGAGUGAGAAAAGCCAUAGCCUAGCAGCCGUACCAUGGAGGUGAGGGCCAAAGAAACAGAAUAGGCAGUGCUGGUGGUACAGUGCCAGGUCCUGCACCCUCAUAGUAGAUACUACAGUAGUUAGGAUGAGUAAAGGCAGUCGCCAGGGCCCACAGAGGUGCCUGUGGUUCAGGUAAGAUCAGCCAACACCUCUGGCCAGGGCACCAUCCUACAUAGAGUUCCGACAUAGUAUAGGAGGCCUAUGCUGUUCCAGCAUUGACCGUUUAGAUGCUGGUCAUGGGGAAACCCCAAGAGUAGAGGUAAUCUAAAGAACUCAUGGUAGAAUCCACUUUCCACCCAGCAUAGAAGUAACUCAGUGUUGGUACCAGCACAUUCUAGCUCAUGUCAGCCAUACUCUGGGCUGGAGGCAGAAGGGCCCCUGUGCAGCAGCCGAGCGAGUGCUGAGCUUGGCUCAGUGAAGCCACAUGCCAGAGACCAGACUUUCCUGCCACUCCCAUGAGAGAACAGAGCAUGUGGAUUUUAGGAGGCCAUGCUCAAUGGCCAAACUCCUACAAAGAUGGGAAAGGCUGACAGACAGUUCAGUGAGGGUGUCUGAGCUGACUGAGCACUUCCCAUGGUAGAGGCCCCAUGACGGGUCUGCAGUGUCUGCAACUGGUUCGGGGUUGAGGAUCCGUUGACAGGAUGCUUUAAGAUAUUAGUAAACAUACCUCAGCCUCAACCUGGGCUGCUCCUUCUAGCAAAGUGGGCUCCAAUGGGGUGUACUUGUCCUGAAUGUCCCCUGGGCCAGGACUGGGCUUCACCCCUCCCCAGAGUAAAAUCUGGGCAUAAGACAGCCUCAGGCCAAGCAGAGCAGUGCUAAGAAUCAGAGAGCCUUUGCUUGGUCAGUUAGUGCUGCUUCACUAUCCAGUGGAUGGUCCCAUUCUGUGGGACAUGUCACCAUCUGUGUCUGGUGGCAAUGCAGAUGGCCCUCAGCCUCUCCCUAGUACCAUCACAGUACACAAGUGGAUGCCCUGGAAUGGGGUGUCAGGCAGGGUCCUCUUUCCCCAGCCUGCCAAACAAGACCUUGGCAGAGGAUGACCUGAGGACCCUGCACUGAGAGCUCAGCAGAUAGAUGCUCCUUUUAUCCUCCUCCAGCUCAGAGUCCUCUGAAACUCUUGGAUAGGAGCAGUUCUUUUUCUUAGAAGGUACUUCUCUUUUCUAUGAAGUUGGUUUUCUUUUUUUUUGUCAUCCCCUCAACCCCUAUUAAAAUAGAAAUAUGGCAUAUCUGCCUCAGCUCUGAAAAGCCUAAUUCAACCGUGUGGCUGGAGAACCAUCUGUCAUGGACUGCCUUCUCUUCUAGAUGUUGAUGGAGUUUCAUGACCCAUGGUCAGCCCCAAACCAAAGUAAUCCCAGGACAGGAGGCCAGAGUGGCAGACACAGGUCUCCUUCUCUCAGUCCCUCUUCUGUCUUCAUUUUCCUCACCCACACAGCACAUGUGUGCUUGAGAUCAACUAGAAAUGAUCCUUACAAGCAUGAUCAUUACAUAAGACUCCGAUGCUGGGCCUGGCAUUGUUUUAAAGGUUUUUUUCUGCUCAGUCUGAUUUCAUGCCAAAGUGCUGCUAUGGCCUGCUUUGUGUGCACAGAUUUGCUUUCCUCCACCUUGGACACAGAACUUUCCUUAGGGAAAGGCCCACAACAUAGUGACUAUGCUGAGCCAGUGAGGCUGUUAGAUAGUAUUUGGAGAAAGUGAAUUUCAGUAUUUUAUGCCCUUUCAACAAUAGGAGAAAUGUGGGCUGGCAGAACCAUUAUCAAAAAUGGAAUUUGCCUACACCAAUAGUCUGAAUACCAAAUUUACUGUGCCAGGAAGCCUCCUUGCAUAUCUGAACUCCUUGAACACACAAACACUUGAGUCCUGAAUAAAGCAUUGUAACAUGCUGCAGAUGCAACCACCUGGUUUUUCUAGUGUUAAUGAAAUUAUGAACCUAUUUCUAUUCAACUUCCCUUGAUUAAGAAAUUGGGUUUCUUUUCUCUUAGCUUGCACCUACCUUUCUAUUAAGAAAAUAAAAGAAUUUUCUGUUAAGACACAAACUUAUCCUAAUCAUCUUUGGUUUCCUACUGUCUUGGAAUAAACAAACGUGAAUAUCAACUUUCCCCUUUGAAGCCCAUCGGGACUUCCUUUCAUCAAUAUGAGGUUGUAUCUCUUUCCCUUGAAAAGACGCCCUUGUUUAGAUCUCAAAAGUCAUUAUUCUCUUUGCAGUAAGAAUUACAACUGUAUCUUGUGACAUAUGCAUGAUAAAAUUGAGCACUACAGGCCCCCAAGAACAUUCUUUAGUCAGAUGUCCAGUCUCCCUUGUUAACAUUAGUUUUCAACUCCUCAAAACAAGGGAAAGUGAACAAGAGUCAAAAGGAAAAAAGACACUGAAGGUAGAGAUGCCAAGACAGGAAGAUGUCAUGGCUAGUUUGUGUUCAGUAUCCCUCUCUUCAUCCAAGAAUCUAGACAGACAGGGUGGGAAAGCAGAAAGACUAUGCCAGCACACGUGGGAGGAGGGGGUUUGGCCAAGGUGCAUUGGGAUCCAAGGUCAAUGCAGCCUCUAGCAUCCUGUGGGCUCCAUAUGAGCCAUGAAAACACUUGUGUAACAGAAGGCUGUGCCUUUUUUCCAGCUGAGAAAUCUAUUUCAGUGCCAGUCUUCAUACUAUUCACGAUCCCAUACAGUACUGAAAGCACCAAAAUAUUGUCUGGAAGAUGAUUCCAAAUGUUCUGGAUUUCACCUUCCCUUGCCUCUGAGGCUACAAACAGAAGACCUCAUAUUCUACCACUUAGCCAGUGUCUCUCCUGCACACAUCCACCCCCACCUGUCCCCUACAACCUACAAGAUGACCUAGAGUGCCCUCAAAUCUCGUAUCCCAGCCUUUGUUCUGCUGCAUGCUAGCACAGACCCAACUCCCCAGACAGUUUAAUUCACCCAACCCAAGCUUACUUGCUGGCCUGCCUAUUUUUCCCAUAUUCUCUGCUAUUAGUAAAUGCUGCAUUCUAUGAAAUAUGGCCUGGAAUGUGCCAGAUGGUCUUCACAAGAUGAGUUGAAAUAAGAUUUAAGGUGUCCACGAACUGUCCACACUUUCUGUAAAAUCUCCCUACAGAGAAAUUAGGUCUCACUUGGCAUAGGAGGACAAAAUUUUAACAUGAUUUUGAUUUUUUAAAAGAGAUUCUAUUUUUUUAUUACACCCAUUUCAUUUUUUGGGCACAGUAUUUCUUCAGUGGCUAGAACUAGGGACAAGUUAAGGGAAUCAUUUCUUAGCCUGGUUAUCACAGAUUGUAUGUUAAGAGAAUGAAUGUACAGCAGAAGAGAAGCAGAAUUUCCUACCUUGCAAAGAUUUUGUAAAAAUGGAAGGUUAAGGAAAUUUUGCUGCUACUUUUGUUAAUCAGUGUCUCACCUGUUAUGUUUUGAGACCUUCCAAGGCUUGAGGUUAAUAUAUUCCAAAAAUCUGGUGAAGAGAGUCCUUGGAGGACUCUUUCCCACCAGCUGUCUCAGUCAGCCUGUCUUCUUCCUCCCUCAAUCCAGAGCAAUCACUGAUUACUGUCCAGGAGGAGCAGGAGAGGACUUUAUGAUACAGGAAAGAAGGAAGAAGUGGGCCAAUUGGGUACCUUGUGCAUGGUCAAUCAGAACUGAUGGAUUAAAUCCAAACAAGAAACUCUAAGGAAUCACAGCCAAGUUUGGACAAUUUAUCUUUAAAUAACUUCACAUUGAGAUGCUUAUUUUAACUCAGGGGUUAAAACCUAACUUUUCCAUGAAGGUGAUCAAAAGAGACCCCACAUUAUUAAGCACUGCAGUUAUUAGUAGCUUUUUCUAUUUUUUUCCUCUCUGAACUACCCAGCACAUCGGGUACACCCCACACAGAGAAGGAGUCAGUGACUCCUGCCCCCCCGUUGACUCUGGGGCCACAAAGAGAAGACUUACUCGUGGACACAGACCACUUGAGUAUUUUGUCAGUUUCCAUGUGUUGCAACUCACCCAAAGUGCAAAGAUGUACUACAUAACAAAACAAAGAGCUAGGAAAAGACUUUGUUAAGUCUUUGAUUUCUAGGCAAUUUUUUUCAUUUCCUUGAAUUUUUUUUUCUUUUUACUUUGAGCUUCUGGGGGCUUAUAUACAUGCCACUGAGCUCACACCAAGUCAAAAUGAAUAGAUUCACAAAUUAUCCCCACAUAUCCUGGAGGUUUCAAAAAGCAUUCUAUGAAAAAGAUCCAAACCAAUUCAAGCAUGAAUGAGGUUCACAAAAAUGUCUAGAGGAAUGGCUAGUGAGGCUGGGGUCUCAGCUCAGAAGGGUCUCACCCUUCUAUUUUUAUAGUUUUCCUUUCUUCCACCCUUCCACUCUUUAAGUAGGAGCAUUAAUAUCUUGACUUGCUGAAUGCAAAAAGAGACUUAUAAUAAGCCAUGAUACUAUGUAAAUACGUUCCUGAGGUUUGAAUUCUUUUUUCUUGAGCUAUGAGAGCUGACUAGGUCAGGUAGAAAGAGGCACAAGAAUUUAUAUUUAUUCUUAAAGAUUUUUGUGCAUUUGAAUGCCUGAGGUUUUUGUAACAGACCUGCUCUAGGAACACAAAGAAGGGUAACUCUAUGCUCUUCAGUGCUCUGAACAUGCUUUUAUUUAAGGGAUUAAUUUCUGGCAGUUUAAUGUUACCAUAGUUGAGUAAAACUCUGAAGCUACAGUACUUUCCUUUCCUCUGGUCUGCUGUUCAUUUUCUGUUUCAAUAAGCAGACCUCUGGCUCUGUCCCUAUGUGUGUCUCUGUCUCUUCUCUUCCUAGAGACUCAAAAUAUAACUUAGAUUUAUAACAAAAGAAAACUGCCCCCCAAAACAUCAAUGAAAGCCAAGGAAACAAUAGAAUAGAAUUUUUUCAGGACACCUUUAACCAACAAACAAAAAUUUAUUAUAUCAAUAAUAAGGUAAUUUUUUAAAUAAUGAAGUAAUUUGAUAAUUAUAAUAAGGUAAUUUGAUAAAUUAUAGAAAGUCAAAAAAUAAAUUAUAUUCCAGCCUUGUGUACUAAUUGGUGCCUUCAGCAAGGGUAUUACAUCCAUUUUCUUUCCCUUGUUGGGAAAACUGAAAUACUAUUACUUGGGCUAGUUUGUGGUUAUGAUAAAUGUUUGUAAGUUAGUAAUGUACAAGUUAAAGCACUUAAUCUCCAGAAAUUAAUCUAGAAAAACUGUCUUAUAUCCCAUAAGAGACCUGUAAAAUUCUUGUCACUGCUGUAAGAAUUUAAUUUUUUUGAAGUAACUUCAUAUUUAGUGGAAACAGUCUAAGAUUUAAUUUCACAUUCUCUUCUUUCCAUUUGCCCUUCUUUCCUUGUUAGGUCUGUAAUUUAUAUAAUAGCUUAGACUUUUUUCUUUAAUCCAGGAAGGAAAACAAGUUUUUAUACUACAAGCUUCCCUUCUUUGUAUCAUUUUCUUUGUGGACACUUAUCUCAGCCAUGGAUCAAAUAAUCAGAAAUACUAUAAAUCCUCAACCAGGAAUCGUCUCCAGCCCAGCACUGAAACUCUGAGUGAACCUUUCCGUCCUCUUUUUGUUCUGAAAAUUUAUUAGAGAUAAGAAUGGGUUGUUCGCUUUGUUCUGGAAGCAUGUACUUCAACUUGUACCAGUCACUGUACCUUCCUUUUCAGUUUAUCCAGAAUAUGGCCCCAAAACUGAAAACAAUACUAAAUUGGUCCAUUUCUUCCAUGUCUGAAUUUGAGCUUAUUUGAUGACUUGAUUGUUUUCUUUCCAGCAUUCUGAUUUCUUACGGCAAGGACCUAAACUGCAUAAGAACACCACUUAAAGCAAGUAUGUUAAAGUAUGUAUAAGGGAUGACCAAGUAAAACACAUUCCAAAUAUGUGAUAAGAAAAAAAUCCAAAAUUUCAAAGUGCCAUUAAUUAACUUUUAAAAUAAAGGUAAUGUGGAAUGAGAGCUAAACAAGAUAAUCUAACUGCCAACUAAAGUAUACAGAAGUUCUGGUCUUAGUUACAUUUGAUAUGAAGUUGUUUAACAUAAGGCGGAUCCUAGUGGAUUUAGUAAAAAUGAAGAUUGAAUUUUAAUGUCUACCAAUGGGAAUAUAUACUUAGCUUGUGGGCUGAACUUUAGUCAGUGUUUUUAGAUCCUAGGGUUUCGCAAAUAAGCCAAAAUUUAUACAAAAGCCACCUUAAGUGCUGUAAUUGCAGGGAAACUUCCAUGUUGGUGAUAUUAUGGAAGUCCAAGUCCACCCAAACUGAGUCCAGGAUUUGAAGCUCACCCAUGAAAACAAAUGGAGAAACAUUUAGUGUACUAAGUAUGUUUGGUAUUUUAUAGCUAAGACAACUGGACAGGGUAGGAAGACAAACUGUAGAACAAAGAUGAGAUAGAGGUAUAAGAAAUUAGCAAGUCCCAGAAGAAACUUAGAGGCUUAGAGGCUUAGAGUUACAUAACCUUCAAUUCUCCUUUUACUUAAAUCAUGAGUAAACUCUCUAGCAUGAUACUGAAUUCAAAGAGGUUCUUUCCAUUAAACUCACCUUGUGUCUUCAGAAGAUUGGUAGAUUCUUGAAAAUCUUUUCCACAUCUAUAGAGAUAAAAAGGAGGGUAUUGCUUUAAAUCAGCUCAAAGGUAAUCUGUGAUUUCAGUGAUUCUUAGUAGAGUAGAGCUGAUAAUGGAGAGGUUACAUUUGCUCUCUGAGUAAUAUAAGCAUCAUGAGAGGAAGAAGAGCUGGUGAAUGGGACAAGGGAUGAGUUUUAUCAGAAAUACUUUUCAAAGCUCAUGGUACACUGGUACUGAGCUCGAGGGAUAUCACUAGAAGGAGGUAGAUGACAGGGUGUCCAGUUCAUAACCUCUGUCCUGUGGGACCUCAGGCCAGGUCAUUCCCUCCUUGAUUUACUUUUAGAAGAUUAGCAUUUAAGAUGGGAUCACGAUGGAACUUGGGUGCUCUGCCUCAGGCUGUACAAAUGCUGCCACCUGCACCCUAAGACAUGUGAGAGUCAAGCCCUAAGAGGUGCAUCCUUAUGGGUUGAUGCCCUGCUAUGCCAGCCUGAGACUCCUGAAGUACUGAUGGUUAGGUGGCGGCCAGUGCUGCCCUCCCAUGUAUUGGUGCAUCACUCCUAAUGCCAGAACUCAGCAUUGCGUGUCCAUCAGGUGGCUAUCCUGUAACACAAAUGCUCGUUUGGAUUCAAAAGAAAAACCAUUACAAGUAAAAGAAGAUGAACAUCUCUAAUGUUUUGGGGGGCAUCAAAGAAAAGAAUAAAUAAAACCUUGUUGUAAAGAA